AUGCUUCUCUCCUCUGCCACAGUGUUGCAGAUGCCGCCGUCGCAGCCACGCAGCAACAGCAACAGCAACAGUAACAGCAGCAGCACCGGCCUGGUGCUGGGUGUCUGUCUCGACCAGCUGAUGCAGCAGCCCCAACUCAAGAAGUUGCCAGACGAGACAGACGCAAAGCAAGAGAUAUCGAAGCAGCCGCAGUUGGCAGCCAGACAAGCGCCUUGCUUCAUUGUGUUAGUCUCGCUGCUGGAGAUUCUUGUCUUUGUGUACGUUGGUGCUGUUCCGCCGGAGGAUUCGUUGCUCAUCUAUCGUCCGGAUCGCCGUUUGCAACUGUGGCGCUUCGUCUCCUACGCCUUGCUGCAUGCCAGCUGGCUGCAUCUGGGCUUCAAUGUGCUUACCCAGCUGGUCUAUGGCCUGCCGCUGGAGCUGCUCCAUGGCUCGGGACGCACGGCUGUGAUCUAUCUGGCUGGCGUGCUGGCUGGAUCGUUGGGCACCAGCGUUGUGGACUCCACUGUGUACCUGGUGGGCGCCAGUGGCGGUGUCUAUGCUCUUCUAGCUGCCCAGUUGGCUAACCUGCUCCUCAAUUUCGGCCACAUGCGUCAAGGCUUCGCUCAGCUGCUCGCUGUGCUUAUCUUUGUCUCCUGCGAUCUGGCCUACACGCUCUACUGCCGACAGUUGGCGCUGACGGAGCUAACGCCCAACAUCUCCGUCUCCUACAUAGCCCACAUGACGGGCGCCCUAGCCGGCCUUAGCAUCGGCCUCUGUGUGCUGCGGCAGCUGGAUGGAAGCUUACGUCCGCGUCUGCUGCGCUGGCUGGCACUGGGCGUGUGGACAACGUUCAGUGGCUUUGCCCUGACCUUCAAUCUGAUCAACACUGUCACGGCCCAGCUGCUGGCCGAGGAGGAGGGCGAGGUGCUCAAACAGCAUCUGCUCGAUCUGGGCAUGGAACGUUGACAGCCACGUCCAAAGACUGAACCCAGUCGCGCCGUCGAGCCUCCAACUCUACUCAUAUCUAAAUAAUAGACUAGUCAUUAGUUCAUAAUGCAUUCCAGGACAACGUGCUCAAAGAAUAUACAUCUAACAUAUAUAUCUCAAAGAACUUGCCCCGACAAGUGCGCUCAAAGGACAAGAAGGAUCGAAAGAGAAGCUAACUAACUAUCUUAUGUAAAUGCCAAAAAGGAGAUUGAGGAACGAAACUCUCAAUUGCUAACGGAGCGAGGCUCACUUCGGAGACUUCAAACAA